ACAAAGUACACAAGUUUUAAUAGGCAUCUCAGCUGCAAACCUGUCGCAAAAACCCUAAUCUCAGAAAGUUCGCUAAGGUUUCUGUCAAAACCUAACCAGCACUUCUUCACCGGCGGAACACCGAACCUUCGGCCGUCCGGCAGAGAACGUCACCUCAAAUGGACUUCGAUGAGUACGAUUAUCUGGAGAAGACUGUAGAAGAGCCCAACGGUGGUCCUUCUACAAAGAGCAAAGACAACAACAACAGCAGCGCCGAGAAGGAGAAGAGCGAGAAAGCCUAUCGCCGAAGGGAGAGAGACGGGAGCGAGGAAUACGCCGCCGAGGACGACAAUAGAGAUCGACGUAGUAGCAAAAGGUCUCGCGGCGACGGCGAAAAGGAUAAGGAGAGAGAUAAAGAUAGAGAUAGGGAAAGGGAAAGGUCGUCGAGGCAUCGGAGCAGGGAGCGAGAAUCGGAGAGAGACAGAGAGAGAAGCUCAAAGGACCGAGACCGAGAACGUGACAGAGAGAAGAGGGAGAAGGAGAAGGAGAAAGAGAGGGAGAAGGAGAAGGAACGAGAGAGGGAGAGGAAGAGUAGAGAUCGGGAUAGGGAGAGAGAUAAGGAACGGGAGAAGGAGAAGGAGAAGGAGAAGGAGAAGGAGAAGGAUAGAGAGAGGGAGAGGUCAAGGAGGAGCCGGAGUCGCUCCAGGAUUGAACGAGAGCGAGAGAAGGAGCUGUCAAGAGACGUCGAGCGUGAACGUGACUUUGAAUCACGAGACAGCAGGAGAUUCAAGGAGAAGAAAGAAAAAAUUGAACCAGAAGCUGAUCCAGAAAGGGACCAGAGAACUGUUUUUGCUUACCAGGUAGGUUUCGAUGUCUUUGUUUCUGCCUUGUUCAUCUCCAUACCUGAGCAUUUCNCUAGAGUGUCAAGGCCUAGUACUGCCAUUGCUAGGGCUGUCAUGUCCUUUCCCUGGAUGUCUUCUGUCACCAACCAGUACAUUGAGUUUUAUGAUGCUAUGUCUGUGCCAAUGGCUAUUGCUUUAUCCGGUCGCUUGCUUUUUGGCCAACCAGUCAUGGUAAAACCUUCUGAAGCUGAAAAAAACCUUGUUCAGUCAACUGCGUCUGGUGGUGGAUCAGGGUUGGCAGGGCCAAAUGCUGCCUCAGAGAGAAAACUUUAUGUAGGAAAUCUUCAUUUCAACAUGACAGAGUUACAGCUUAGACAGAUUUUUGAAGCUUUUGGGCCAGUAGAGCUUGUACAAUUACCUACAGAUCCUGAAACAGGGCAUUGUAAGGGGUUUGGAUUUGUCCAAUUUGCUCAACUCGAACAUGCAAAGGCAGCUCAAAGCUUGAAUGGCAAGCUUGAAAUUGCGGGUCGCACCAUCAAGGUUUCAUCCGUUACUGAACAUGUCGGAGUACAAGAUGCUGGAGCUAAAACUGCAGAUUUUGAUGAUGAUGAAGGGGGUGGCUUGGCCUUAAAUGCUCAGUCAAGGGCCAUGCUUAUGGCAAAGUUGGACCGCAGCGGUGUUGCUUCAAGUGUUGCGGGUACACUUGGAGUUCCUGCACUUAAUGGAGCAGCUCCAGCUCAGAUGAGCAUGCCCAUAGGUGGGGCAACAGCUUUUCCGAAUAUGCUCCCAACGCAAGUCAUUGCUGCCAUGGCUCCUGAACCCAUUGGAAUUCCCAGCGAGUGUUUGCUAUUAAAAAAUAUGUUUGAUCCUGCAACCGAGACGGAUCCAGAAUUUGAUUUGGAUAUUAAAGAUGAUGUAAAGGAGGAGUGUUCCAAGUAUGGCAGGGUCAAGCACAUCCAUGUGGACAAGAAUAGCUCUGGUUACGUAUACUUGCGGUUUGAUAGCGCCGAAGGUGCAUCUCGUGCUCAACAAGCUAUGCACAAGAGAUGGUUUGCUGGCAGAUCGAUUUC